CAUCACCACUACCACCGCCUCCGUCUCUCCCUCUCCUCCCCAUCUCCUACAACCUCUCUCUCUCUAAACCCAUCUCCUUCCCUCUAACCACCACCACCAGACACCCUUAACCCUUCGUCACACCCCCAAAAUCAUGAGCUGGACUGGGGUUCGGUACACGCACCCCGGCCGACGCUUCCAUGGACCAGUCCUCUAUUGCCCAGGGCCCUGACGACGACCUUCCUGCUCCCGGCCAACAAUUCGCACAGUUCGGCGCCGGCUGUUUCUGGGGCGUCGAGUUAGCGUUCCAGAGAGUUCCAGGUGUUAGCAAGACCGAAGUCGGUUAUACCCAAGGAUUUAUGCAUAACCCUACUUAUAAUGAUAUAUGUUCUGGUACUACCAACCAUUCUGAAGUUGUUAGGGUUCAGUAUGACCCCAAAUCCUGUAGCUUCGACAGUUUGCUCGAUUGCUUCUGGGAGAGGCAUGAUCCUACCACACUUAAUCGUCAGGGAAACGAUGUUGGAACACAAUAUAGAUCUGGGAUAUACUUCUACACAGCUGAGCAAGAGAAAGCAGCAUUAGAGUCAAAGGAGCAACACCAGAAAAAAAUGAACAGAACAAUCGUGACAGAGAUCCUGCCUGCAAAGAAGUUCUACAGGGCAGAGGAGUACCAUCAACAGUAUCUUGCAAAGGGAGGUCGUUUUGGGUUUAAACAAUCCACCGACAAAGGUUGUAACGACCCUAUUCGUUGCUAUGGUUAAAUAUGCUUCAGUCUCUCAUACUUAUAAUGUACAAUGACUGUUAAUUCACUAUUACUUUAAAUGAUUUGGCAGUCCUACAACAGGUUAUUUAUAUUAUGGAGUGGUGACAUAAAAWAAACCUGGAGGAGCUUUUCCCAGACUGGUUUUUGUCUGGUUGAUUGUUGUUGUCAUAAAUGGCUCUUCUAUUUGAUUGUUUUAAUGUAAAUAAUAUGUUGAUGGC